AUGGCAUCAUCCCCCAAGUCCAACGAUCCCACGACGAGCAAACCUCAACCCCGUCAGGGGACGACGUCGCCAGGACGAGAGUCAGGGGUAGUACAGGGGCAUGAACAUGAUCACCCGCAGGAGGAACAACAGCAAGCCGUUAUUCCCGUACCGCUACAAGUCGACAACGACAUCGACGACGAUGACAACUCAGACGGCGACUCGGCCUACGGCUCUCUCGCCGGGUCGAGCCGCACCGGCUCCAUAACCUCCUCCAUCACCAACUACGUGUACGAGAACGGGCGGCGCUAUCACGCCUACCGAUCCGGGCAAUACGUGCUCCCCAACGACGACGCCGAGCAGGAGCGCCUCGACCUGCAGCACCACAUCUGGCGGCUCCUCGUGCAGGGCGCCCUGUACACCGCCCCGCUCCACAUCCCCCAACCCGGCGAACGCAGCACCAGCACCAGCAGCGGCAGUACCAGUACCAAUGGGUCCGACUUCCGGAUUCUCGACCUCGGCUGCGGCACGGGCAUCUGGGCGAUUGACAUGGCCGAUCAGUUCCCGCGCGCGUCGGUGUUUGGCGUGGACCUGUCGCCGAUCCAGCCGGAGUGGGUGCCGGGCAACUGCCGGUUCCACGUCGACGACUACGAGGACGAGUGGACGUACCGCGACGACGAGGCGUUCGAUUACAUCCACGGGCGGGCGCUGUCGGGCACUGUGGCGAAUGAUGCCUGGCCGAACUUCUAUCGCCAGGUGCGCCAGAACUUGAAGCCGGGGGGUUGGUGUGAGAUGCAGGAAUAUGAUGCGUGGAUUUUUAGUGAUGAUGAUAGUUAUGAAAGGGCGCCGUGGACGAGGGAGUGGGUGGAGAAGUUGGAUGAGGCGAGCACCAUGUUUGGGAAGACGAUUAAUGUGGCGAGGAAGCAUAAGCAGUGGAUGAUUGAUGCCGGGUUUGAGGAUGUGGAGGAGAAGACGAUUCGGAUUCCUAUCGGGCCCUGGGCGAAGGAUCCCGCGCUCAAGGAACUCGGCCGCUUCGAGCAGCUUCACAUGCAAAUGUCGGUUGCCUCACAUACCCCGGCCCUCUUUACCAGAGUGUGGUCCUACACGGAACCGCAGGUUCAGCUGUUGAUCGAAGGCGUUAAACGCGAGUUUCGGAGUAGGGACUUGAGUAAAUGCAAUCCCAUCGUUUCCCAUGAACUUCAGGAGUCGCCCAAAGCCUGCCAGUUGCAAACCCCCGCCGCCGUUCCCAACUCGUCAAGAUGA